AUGGCCCACCAGUUCCCCAUGCUGUCGGAGUGGGACCCCGCCCUGGACCUCGAGGUCGAGGCGUUCCUCUCCGACAUCGGCUUCGGCUUCCUCGGACCUGACGCCACACCCACGUCGCCUACGACGCCGACGCCGACGCCGACGCCGCCGCUCCUGGACGUGACGACGACUACGACUACGACUACGACUACGGCCACUGCUACUACUACCUCAGCCGCCACCGCAGCCACGCCGCCGGAGGAGGACACGUCGGCGUCGGCGUCGCUGUCCGCGGCAGACGCUGACGAGGUGGAGGAGCGUCGGCUCCGGCGCAGGAUCUCGAACCGCGAGUCGGCGCAGCGGUCCCGCGACCGCAAGCAGCGGCACCUGGAGGAGCUCCGCGGGCGCGCCGCCCGCCUGCGCGCGGGGAACCGCGACCUCGCCGCGCGGCUCCGCGGCGUCCAGGCCCGCGCCGCGCUCGUCCGCCUCACCAACGCCCGCCUGCGCGCCGAGGCCACCGCCCUCGCACGCCGCCUCGCCGCCGCCAGCCGCGCCCUGGCGCUGCGCCAGAUCUACGCCGCCGCCUCCGCGUCCGCGCCUGGUAGUGCCGGCGGCCCCGGCACCGGCAGCGGCAGCGGCAGCGGCGGGUUCUUCGAGCUGCAGGCGCUCGCCUCGCUGAUCGCGUAG